AAAUGCUCAAUAUAUACUUCACAUAUACCUGUAGAUUCAGAGACUCCAGUUGAAAAGGAAAGUGCGGAAGAAACUAAUGAAAGCAAUGAGAAAAAAGAGGACAAGCCUGCUGAUAAGAAAACACAAAAAUUGAUAGCUGACUUAAAACGCUGCAGAAUACAAAUGCAAAACACUAGAAAAUCCAUCGAAAAACCUCCAGUUAAACCGUUCAGUCCAGACAUAUUCAACAGUCUAUCACCAUACUACAAUAUAUACACUGUGAAUUAUUUGUUGAAGGAUCUUGAAAACAAGGAUGAGAACCCCAUGAGGCAGCCUUGGGGACAUAGAGCCACAGCACUGGGAGUUUUGGAUCCACAAAUUGCUUGGAGAAUGGAUAAGUAUGUGUGAUACAAUUAAGUACUUGGACGAAAA